GUGCUGGGGCACUGCGCCUGCGCACCCGGCGCAAAGGUUUCUGGAGACUGCAGCAAGGGCAUGAAGACCGCGGCGGCUCGUGGGGCCACUCGCAGAGACGGACAGCCCAAACUAGGACUGUGCGUCCUCUGCGGCUUGCCGGCGGCCGGAAAGUCGACUUUUGCACGUGCGCUGGCCCUCCGCCUGCGGCGGGAGCGGGGUUGGGCCGUGGGCGUCCUCUCCUACGACGAUGUGCUGCCUCUUGCGCUCCCGGACUGCGAUGGCACACAGCCUCGGCCAUCCCAGUGGAAAAUGUUCCGACAAGAACUGUUAAAGCACCUGGAAUGCUUCCUCGUGGCGGUCAUUAGUGGGGCUCAGAUGUCUGCCCCACCCAACAGGACUGAGGCCGUGUGGGAAGACUUCAUAACCUGCUUAAAAAGUCAGGAUUUGAUGAUCUUUCCUACAGCACUAGAGGCCCAGCCUUGCCACCUCUUGGCAAAACCUGCUGUUUCUAGACCUUUGUUUUUGGUGUUAGAUGACAACUUUUAUUACCAAAGUAUGAGAUAUGAAGUCUACCAACUGGCUCGGAAAUAUUCGCUAGGCUUUUGCCAGCUCUUUUUAGACUGUCCCCUGGAGACAUGUUUGAAGAGGAAUGGUGAGAGGUCCCAGCCACUGCCUGACGAGACCAUCCAGCUCAUGGGGAGAAAGAUAGAGAAGCCCAACCCUGAGAAAAAUGCCUGGGAACACAACAGCCUCAUAAUUCAGAGUUCAGCAUGUUCUCUGGAAGCCAGCCUGGAGGUGACUGGUUUGUUGCUUACUGCAUUGGAAAAUCCCAUAAAAUGUGUUGAGGAUAAUACAGAACAAAAGGAAACUGACAGAAUUAUCUGUUCUACUAACAUCCUUCAUAAAGCUGAUGAGACACUCCGAAGAACUGUCUCUCAGACGAUGAGGGAAGCCAAAGACCUUUUCUUAGAUACGAGGGAAUCAAUAGGAAGCAGAACAUUCUAGUGAGGAGACAGACACAAAGAUGAACAAAUACCUCUUAAUAACUUGAAGCAUCUAGCAGAAGAACUUAACAAGCUCAAAGCAGAUGUUUUGGAAGAUCUAAGACAAGGAAAUAGAAAAUAUCUGUGCUUUCAGCAAACCACUGACUUAUCAGAUAUUAUUUCUUCUUUUUGUAAGGAGAGAGAUACUAUUGUGCAGAAGUAUUUUUCAAAGCAACAUUAAACUUUCUGAAUUUCUA